CAUGGCGGCGCGGCGGCGCGCGGAGGAGAUGCGCGAGCGCGUGGUGCUCGGCGAGUUCGGCGUCCGCAACGUGCACACCACCGACUUCCCCGGCAACUACCCCGGCUACGACGACGCCUGGGACCAGCAGCGCUUCGAGGAGGGCUUCCGCGUGGACGUGGUGCGCGAGGAGGAGGACGCGCUGGAGUUCGACAUGGUGGGCAUYGACGCGGCCAUCGCCAACGCCUUCCGCCGCAUCCUGCUGGCCGAGGUGCCAACGAUGGCCGUAGAGAAGGUGUUUGUGUACAACAACACAUCCAUUGUGCAGGAUGAGAUUCUGGCUCAUCGCUUGGGCCUUAUCCCUAUCCGGGCUGACCCUCGACUCUUCGAGUACAGAAACCAAGGAGAUGAAGAAGGGACAGAAAUUGAUACGCUGCAGUUUCAGCUGAAAAUAAAAUGCAGCCGAAACCCUCAGGCAGCCAAGGAGUCAUCUGACCCCAACGAGCUGUACAUCAAUCACAAAGUGUACAGCAAACACAUGACGUGGGUGCCCCUGGGGAACCAGCCAGACCUCUUCCCUGAUGCCGACUUCCGACCUGUGCACGACGACAUCCUCAUCGCGCAGCUGCGGCCUGGCCAGGAGAUAGAUGUGCUCAUGCACUGCGUCAAGGGCAUCGGUAAGGACCAUGCCAAGUUCUCUCCUGUGGCCACGGCGAGUUACCGGCUGCUUCCUGACAUCACGCUCCUGCAGCCUGUGGAGGAUGAGGCAGCUGAGUUGUUGCAGAAGUGCUUCUCCCCUGGAGUCAUUGAGGUCCAGAACAUCAAGGGAAAGAAAGUGGCAAGAGUAGCAAACGCCCGGCUGGACACGUUCAGCAGGGAGGUUUUCCGUCAUGAGAGUCUGAAAAACCUCGUGCGCCUGGCCAGAGUGCGGAAUCAUUACAUCUUUUCAGUGGAAUCCACGGGCAUCCUGCCUCCCGACGUGCUGGUAAGCGAAGCCAUCAAGAUACUGAUGGGGAAGUGCCAGCGCUUCCUGAAUGAGCUGGACUCUGUGCCCAUGGAGUGAGCGGGCUGCGGCCGAGAAGUACAACUCUCCACUGCUGCCUUGGACUCCAUCUUCCUCUGCAGGCAAGAGCUCUGGGAUCCAUCUGCUUGUUAGAUUCCCAGGACCAUUGGACCAUCUCCUUGUGUUUGUUUUGUGUUUGUAAUGAGACUUAUUGAGGAGAAGCCCUUAAAGGCUUUAUUUUUUAAUGGUUAUGUGCCUCUGUACUGUUAGCAGUUAUAAACCCUAAUAUACAGAGAAGAAAGUGCCAGCAGGCCUAGAGAUGAGUGGGACAGAAACAGCAGUGUCCUCACAGGCAGCAUUUGGCCCCCAUACCAGGRCUGUCCUCUGCUAUUGUGCUAUCUUGAAGACUCAGGCUCUGCUUCCAGGUUUUUUCCAGACAGCAGGUAACUGGUGGGAAACUGGCUGCUUCCCUGGCAAGGGCAGCACAGCGGGUGCUUCCCCCAUGUCUUUGCUGGCUAUUGCACUACCCCGUCUCUGUGCUGCA